AUGUAUGAUUUGGACGGGAUCCACUUGGCUGAGUUUCACACUUGGGCUUGCUUAGACUGCAAGACUUACUAUCGGCCGUCCUAUUAUACUCACAAGAAGGCUAGGUUUUACUACUCAGACAAUCAGCGUGCAGACCCACAACAUUUCCAGGUGCAUUGCCACUUCGGCAUGAGUUACCGACUUGCACGCAUGUUUUGGCAAUCCCAGAUGCUUGGACAUACCUCUCACUUCAAUUUAGCCAAUCUGUUCAACGUUACCCAUUUCAAUUCUCAGCAGGUACCGACUCACGCUGGAACAUCCCAUUCUUUCUCUCCAAAAAUGUCUCCCGAACUGGCUCGCGAUGCCGUGGACCUUUUUAGCCUUCUCCGACGUUGUAAGCGCCGCGGGGCUAUCCUUCAGCUCAAUGCGCACGGUCAACAAGAGGAUCGUUUGUUACCUACGAUGGCGCGCGAGCUACAUCACGUGGCCAACCAUGGCUCAAAAUAUCGCGAUCAUUUCUGUUCGUAUUGUGUCAAAGUAUUUGAGGUGGAGCACGGAGGAAACGUUGCACUCAAGGCAAUUCGCGCAGUAGUGACCGAUGGUCUCACCAUUGGCCAUUGGCGCUGCAGUGCUUCUUCGGUUCAGCUGGAAGAACUGGCCCAUCGGGCCAACGCUCCUCCACCCAACGGGGUGGUGCGUCGCGCAACCUUGCACUUCCCUGGCGGCCGAAAAUUCAAAAACUUGUUUGAACCCCGCUCACAUAGAGGCAAUGGAGGCCUUCGAAAUCCGCAAGAAGAAACCCUUCACCCUAAAAUCGAUGCUGAAUCGGCCUGGUUCCAAUCUGCCGGCCGAUCCUUCCGUUCACCUUAA